AUGUUAACCAUCAUUUUUGUUGAAUGCAUAUUCAGCAGCCCUGCUGGCUUGCCGUCCUCUUCCUCAUCAUCACCAUCACCCUCGCCUUCGCCGUUUGCAUUCUCCCAAACAUUGCCCGUUGUCAUGGUGCCCCCACCGUCUAUUAAUUUCGGCAACGAUCUUUGGUUAUUGGCCAAGCGGACUCGUGGCAACACCGUGAUGCGCAAAUUGAUGGCGACUAGCAUUUCGAUCGACUCCAGCCAACGCGGAAAGGCAUCAAAUUCCACUUUAGUCGACUCUGCGCCACAAUCGCUUCCAGAAGGCAGUGAACCCGAGGUGGUGAGGAUGCGACCUUGGAGCGCGACCCUGACUACUGGCAACUGUGCUGACGAUGGUCAGGACGAUACUCGCACUCGUCUAAGGAUGCAGACGGCAUUUAGACCACGCGGACGAGGUCGUGCCUUGACGCUGGAUCAACUGGCCGCAAUGCAACAGACUGGCCGUCGUGUCGGAUCAGCUGAAGAACUGGCCUCCGGAGCACGUCUUAUGAGCCAGGUCAAACAGCAGGGCAAGCGAGCUCGACGAAAAGCUGGUAUUAUAGCCGAAAAGGUAGAACAAUUUAACCGCAAUCCGGAUUGUUCUGUCUUCAAAUAG